UUCUUCGGUCUCCAUCGCUCCGAAGAGACGCGGAUCAAAGGGGUAAGGAUUACAUAUAUUGAUUCUCCCACCCGAUACUGGGAGACAUCUCAUGUACAGGACAUUCCUUUUCAUGUAAAGCUGUGUUCCCUGCAGCUAGGAAUGGCACAUAUGCUUUGUCUUUGUUCUUUGUAAUAAUGGACUAAGAUAUCCGGGAUGCAUGUGAGCUUGAACAAGAGACAUACUCAAAGAUGGAGCUCUUCGGUGGCUUUCUAUGUGAAUCAUGGUCAUCUGAGAAUUUGUACUCUCAUCCGGAUGCUCAAAGGUGUCCAUUUCUGAGGAAUAUUAAUGAGCCAACAAACUUUUCCUUCUCAGCAUCUUUUAAUUCUCCUUUCCCAAUACAAGGAGCAAGGGCUCCAAUCUUUGAAGAUGGACCCAGUUUCGAUAUGGCAUUCAAGCUUUUCCAUGGGCACAAUGGAGUUGUCCCACUUUCAGGCAAAUCAUAUAUGCAUGAGGAGAAUGUGGAACCUAUGCCUGUCAUGCAGUUUAACCCCUUGGCAGGGAAAGCUGCUUCAAUUGGUCUCUCAGCUUUUGGCCUAGGAGGACCCUUUGGUUUUGAUUUCUUCUCAAAAAAGUGGAACGAGAAUAAGAAAUCCUCCAAGAAGGAUCAUUCUCAACAGAGGGAAGGUGGCGGCACAUCACAUGAAUCAUUAAGCCAUGAGUGGCUCAGAACAGGGCAAUGCCCAAUUGCAAAGUCUUAUAGAGCAGUGAGUGGUGUCUUGCCUCUUGUAGCAAAGAUACUACAGCCACCACCUGGAAUUAAACUCAAAUGCCCCCCUGCUGUGGUGGCUGUCCGAGCAGCAUUAGCUCGUACUGCCCUGGUGAAGACUCUCCGUCCUCAGCCGUUGCAUGCAAAAAUGUUGGCGAUUGCUUUGCUAGGCAUGGCUGCGAAUGUGCCCCUUGGUGUGUGGAGAGAGCAUACCGAAAAGUUCUCACCUCAGUGGUUUGCUGCAGUCCAUGCAGCCGUGCCAUUUAUUGCAAUGCUCAGGAAGUCAGUCGUCAUGCCCAAGACCGCUAUGGCACUGACCAUAGCAGCUUCAAUCUUAGGCCAGACAAUUGGUUCGAGGGCUGAGCGGCUCCGGCUUAAGUCAGCAGCAUCCAAGGACCCAAGCAACAUGAACCAGGCAGCCAUAGGUCUCAAAAUAAGCAGAAACUGCAGUGACGAUGAGGCAAGAGUCUGGAAGUCUCUUCCGCUUAAGGUGGCUGGCCCAGGCUCGUCGUCAGUUACAUCACCAACAGUAAGCAUGUGUUUCUAAGGAGUCUUGUACCUAAGUUUCGGUAUCUAUUACUGUUCAAAUGCUGUUUCAUCCUCUGGAAUUCUUUGCUUUACCAAUGUACUGGUAUAGUAUUUUCCUUGCAACAUAGUGUUGUUACGUGCAGGAGCUGUGUCAAACUGUCAUGCUUGUUUUACUCUGCUGCUGAUAUUAUGUGCUGGAUAUGCCUGGUCUUGUUACUGAGUUGUGUUUUGAUGAAACAAAGGCAUUGUAUAUUUCUUUAGCUUAUUGAUUUUGUCACAACUGUUGUGCU